AUGAAGCUCUCUCUGGAAUUGACUCUCGGUCUACUGGCCGUAUCAUGCGUCGAUGCAUUCGUCGUUCCCCCUCGCACGCUAUGGGCAACCAAAGCAAACCUUGCCUCUCGCUCGUAUCGCGCACACCCUGUCAGACGUGACGCAGACUUUCAGAGCUUGGACUCGUUGACCCAAGGAGGAAGUCGCCGCCGCGAGGCUCAAAAGCAAGGUGGCGGAGGUGGUGGUCUCACGAUCGGAGGCCUCACUCUAGGCGGCCCAGGCGGUGGUAUCACUGGCAACGGUCUCAAGCUCGGCGGAAAUCAGCAGGGCAAUGGUACUGCGGCAGCCGCAGAGGAGCCCAAGUCUUCAGCAGCAGAGGGCGAGAAGUCCGCCACCGCCGGUGAAAAGCCUGCUGUCGCCGCCGAGCAAGAGUCAGAAGGGGGUGCGGCUGGCGCUGGCGCUGGCGCUGGUACGGAGAACCAGCCCGGACGCGCCGAAGGAGACGCAGCAAGGAAAGAAUCUGAACAGGAAGCUCAAGAGGCCGAGGGUGAGAAGUCAAACGGCGUCAAGGCUACUGAAGAGUCCGAGAAGUUCUCUGAGGAAUCUGGUAUCACCCUCGGCGAGGACGGUGCCGCGGCGAACCUCGGUGGAAACCUGGGCAUCACGCAGGGCUCCGACGGCAGCAAGUCAAUCGGCGGGUCAAACGGUAUCAACAUCGCCGCUAAUGGGGACGCAACACUAGCAGGUAAUGAGUGA